ACACUAGCAGCAGUUGUAGAUGUCGAAAAGGACGAGACCGACGUUCUUGCAGAACAAACUUCGUCAAGUUCAAGCUCUAAUAUGUCAACUGUCCUGCUUCACAUUGAAAUACCGUAUGCUGCUUCUCCGUCGAGACGGCCCCGCAGCUCGUUUGGGCCACCGCCAAGGCAAGUAUCUGGAGACUUGGCUUCAGAAGACCACGAUCAAGCUGCUCAUAUUGUAGCGUCAGACCCUUCGGCAGCGUCUGUGUUUCGCGAAGAACCACGGGACUCUUGCGUGUACGCUUUUCUUCCGCUCACAGAGGGCACGAUGUACAGGAUCUCGGUCCUGACGGAAGUGCGCAUACUGCGACUCCGAUCGGCAGGUAUCGUGGUCACGGCCUUCGUGCCAGAGAGUGACAGCCUCACUCAGAAUGUAGACGACGAUGGUUCAUCUCUUGGCCUCCAGUCGGCAUAUCCGAGUCCAAAUUCCGAUGUGCCAAUUGGUGGCGCCUUAUCUGCUUCGGACUCGAACAUUCCGAAAAACGUCCGAAAUGGUGCUAAUGACGGUGCAUCUUCCUCGUCAGGAGGUGGAGGUGAGAAAAAAUCCUUCUCAUGGUCAUCAAGAGAUCAAUGUAGAGGAAGUAGGCAUUCAGACGACCAAGUACAUGGAGAGCAGAGCUCCAAUCAUUCCUGUGACUCGUCGCACAAUCGAGACGAUUCAUGCGCCAGUGCUCGCGGACGCCGUGCGGAGUCGGCCUCUCGCCGUAUACCUCGAAAGUCGGAGAUGGAGCGUGUGCGGCAUCGCGGUAGUGUUGCACGCGACUACGUACGUGGUGUAGAAGCAGAGAAGGCGAAAGCGGUCGAGAAAAACCCCUAUCGCUUUACUAGUGACGGCGACUUCGUUCAGGUUGGCGAAGAUAGUUGUACAGUGGGCAGUAUGUCAGCGUCAGAUGCGGCCACUCCGCGUGGAGGCGGGAGGACAGCCUCAAGGCCACCUCCUCUCCAGAACGCAUCAAUAAAACAAGUAGGUGCGCAGAUACGCAGCGGAUCGAGAAGUGCUCUUGAUGAAGAUAGUACAACGGUUAGAGGAGCAGCAGCAAUAGCAAAAAUGACAGGAUCAGGAGUUCCUAGACCACCUGGACUGCCACCAAAGCCUCCUCCUUCUGCCGUUUCCAGUCAGCGAAAGCAUGGGGCAAGUGCUGACAAUGACGAUGAGGAAUCCACAAUAGCUUCGUCUAGAGGCGAGAAUGCUCAUUGCGGUGGCGGAACCACUACUGCUUCAUCUUCUAAGAGCCAUGAAGGGGUUGUUGAACACUCCGGGAUUCAAGAAGAGCAUGCAACUGGUUCACCUUGUUCGACCCAGACGGCAGACGUCGACACAGUCAGAAAUCGUGAGACAAUGCGGAAACAAGCGGCGGAUCUUGAGCUUGUUGCAUCGUGGAUCUGGCAACGCACUAAAAACCAGUUCUAUGCCCGAAGCACUAGCAGGUCGGAAAAGGGAAAGAGGCCGCUGCACCUCGUCGAAGCUCUGCUUCGCGGAAGCGAUGCUUUGCUUGACCUUCUCGACGUUCUUGACACAACGCAAAAGAAGCAUAAGCCGCCACACCGCUUCGAUCAGAAGAUGAUUGCCGGCAUUUCCCUCAGCUUUGAAGGUCAUGCGCGCAUCAAACACCAAGUUUUGGAGAACAUGGGUCUCUUUCUGCAGCGCUGUUCCGAACCGCCUUUCGGGCUCAAAAAGCAGGAGCAUUUCACCCCUCUCGAUGUCUUGCGAUGUCAGGCAGAUUUGAUUCGCUGCAUGUCUCCGAAGGCUGCAACCCAAGACACCGAAGAUAGCGGUCCACGACUUUUGGAAUACGAUCUGGGCCUUGAAACUGUAUGUUGUGCUUCAUGUAAGUAGAAGACACGUCAAAUUAUGCGCAGUUCCUAGUUCUCGUGUUCAACCUCACCCGCCUCUAGUAGAGGGACGUGUCAGUCUAAUUUUUAUGUUGUGAUGUACCUGACUUGAAGCCCGUGUCAAGAUUGCUUGUCCCAGCUACGCCUCUUUCAUUCUCUCGGAUGCGUGCGAUCCUGAGAUGCUUUAUCGCGUUGUCAAGGAGGACCGAUGGUGAACUCGUUUUGCAGACACGAGAGUACUCCUAUGCGGAUCUGGAGGAACGUCAGAGAAGCUCUAGCUCUAUCAGCAGGCCGGGCAACGACUGAGGGUUCCUCGCCGGUGACGUUAUAGUUAAAUGCACGCAGGCGCAGCGUGCAAAUCAUUCCGAUUAGAUUCGGUAAUGUUUGCCUUCUUUCAACAAGUCCUUCAAAUAGAAAUUUUCACUCCACAGUCUUGUCAUGUUGUUCCUUUUCAUAGUCCUGGUCAUGAGCAAUGCACCUUUCAUGGUGUUCUGUGACUUUGAGUGACUUGCUGAAGUUCUUCUACUGCUUGAAGAUUCGAUUGAACAACUGGAAAGGGUCAACGCCAGCCCAAGGCGUGGACGGGAAGGGACACGAUGAAAAUCAGUCUCCGAGAAGAAGAAGUUGUUUCGCAUCAUGAGUGUUCUUUUUUUUGAAUUGGAAUUGGAACACCG